CCAGGGCCGAUUGGCAGCCUUCCUAAGGGAGGGCAGUCUCUCUCGCGCUCUCAUUCUCCCCCUCCUCUUUUUCUUUUUCUUAAAAAAAGGAGAAAGAGUUGGAGGUUUUGGCGGCACCUUCUCUGACUCGGCUGCCUUUUGCCGAGUGCUGUUUAUUGUUCUUUCCUCGGUGUGAAAAAAAGCCCAUCCUCCUUCCCCCUGACCCCCAGCAAGAACCUGGCAGUACAUGGAGACAGUCGGAACCUUUGGGCAGUGCCGCCAACAUGAGCUGAAAGGAGUGUCUCUUACCUGGUGAGGCAAACCUCUGAGCCGCUGCUCUUUUAAGAAGUGAGAAGAUGGCAGAGUUUAGACGGACGAGGUUGCUGAAAAGUGCCUUCCUUGAAGCCGCCGCCACCGCUGCUUGGAUUUCUGUCUAGGGCUUUGCCUCGCUUGCUUUUUAAGAUAUAUAUCUAUAUACAUAUACACUCCCCCAACUUUUUUAAAAAAUUGGCGUUUGCUUGCAGUUCACACCCUAAAAGCAAUUCAUCCAUCUGGGGUUGGUUGGGUUUUUUCCCUCCUUCCCCUUAUACGCUCAAUUUUCUCAGCCAUCACCCCCUCCCUCCUGAUUAUGUAGCAAAUUCUAUUUUAGAAGAAAAAGGAAAUCCUUCUUCUGGUUUUAACACUUGCAACUCCAUCAAUCUGUAGAAGCAAGAAGGAGUCAGAACUUUCGGAAUUCCUCCCCCUCCAAGGAAACAAGACCAUCCCACAACUGCAGCAUUGCCAGCAGCUUUUUUGUUUGUCUGUUUUGGGUGAGAAUAAUUGAAACCAGUAACUGGAGAGCACAGAAUCCCUUGAAAAAGUCUGCCAGUUAUUUUGAAAUAAUAAUUUCGGCAGUGGCACAAAAUAUUAUAUACAUAUAUAUAUAAAUAUAUACACACACACACACACAUAAACAUUUCUAUUUUAACUUUGACAAUUGCACUUUUCGGAGCUGGCCUCUAAUUUAAUUUUUCAGUUAAUUCUGAUGAGAUUUCUAUUUUAUGAUUGGCUUUAUGUUAACCCUUGUUUUCAACAAACACAGUUUGAGUUUAAUGGAAACCUAAGUGCUGACAAGAGAAAUUUUACCAAAGCAACAAGUUAUUUCUUCACUUUUUUAAAAACUUUUUUUUAACCCUCCCCCCCCUCCUAAAAUCAUCAGCACUGUCCUCCUAAAGAAGGGUGCAGUUGCUUGCAUUUUCAUUUUUCUCUUUUGGGGUGUGUGUGUUUUUUCUUUUUAAUAUGGCUAUGAACGUUUCUUUGGUUCGUGAUACAAAAUGGCUGACCUUAGAAGUAUGUCGAGAAUUUCAGAGAGGUACUUGUUCUCGGUCUGACACAGAGUGCAAGUUUGCUCACCCGUCGCGGAGUUGCCAUGUGGAAAAUGGACGAGUUAUCGCCUGCUUUGACUCCCUCAAGGGCCGCUGCACUCGAGAGAACUGCAAAUACCUUCAUCCUCCACCGCACUUAAAAACACAACUCGAAAUCAAUGGACGCAACAACCUGAUCCAGCAAAAGACAGCUGCAGCCAUGUUUGCACAGCAAAUGCAAUUCAUGCUACCAGGAGCACAAUUACAGCCAAUUACUACGUUUCCUGUGACUCCUUCGCUCGCAACUAGCCCCACCAUGGCUUUCAGCCCUUACUUAAGUCAUGUUUCUCCUGGAAUGGGCUUAGUUCCUGCAGAGCUGUUACCAAAUACGCCUGUCCUGGUAUCUGGGAACCCAACCGUUUCGGUACCGGGAGGCUCUGCUGGGCAGAAAUUGAUGAGGACAGAUAAACUGGAGGUUUGCCGAGAGUUUCAGCGUGGAAAUUGCACACGUGGUGAGAACGACUGCCGUUAUGCUCACCCGAUAGAUAUUGCCAUGAUAGACACAAAUGAGAACACUGUUACAGUUUGCAUGGAUUACAUCAAAGGGCGAUGCUCUAGGGAGAAAUGCAAGUACUUUCAUCCCCCUGCACACCUGCAAGCCAAAAUCAAGGCAGCUCAACACCAGGUGAAUCAAACUGCUGCAGCCACAAUGGCCCUGCCACCUGGUGCUCUUCAACCUUUACCAAAGAGGCCAGCACUUGAAAAAAACAACGGUGCCACCACAGUCUUUAACCCAAGUGUUUUCCACUACCAACAGGCCCUCGCGAACAUGCAGUUGCAACAGCCUACAUUCAUCCCUACAGUUCCCAUGAUGCACGGUGCUACGCCCACCACUGUGUCUGCAGCAACAACACCUGCCACCAGCGUUCCUUUCGCUGCAACUGCUACAGCCAAUCAGAUAUCCCAGUUAUCAGUAGAUGAACUAAACAACAGCAUGUUUGUCUCACAAAUGUAGAAGGAUUCAGUGGAACGCAAAGCAUUUUGAAAUUCUAAACGGUGAAAUCAUGGAGUAUCUGGACAUCUCUCUCUCUCUUUCUGUUGGCGGGAAGCUGCCCGUGGGCUCUCUGUAUGUAUACGCCCUUCUUUCUUCCUCUACGACCCCCACACAGUUAAGCCUACUGCAGCCGACAUGUUAACCAAAAACUUAUCCAUGGGAAUGUCAAAAUUUAUGAAAAAGAAAUUUUUUAAAAGCACUAUAGAAACAAUUAACAAACAGCGCUCUGUUAUACAAGAUAUAGAAGUAGAGAACUUAUGAUAAUAGACUUUUAUAACACCCUCCUUUAACACACUUUAAAGGCAUUUUUCUGACUACCAUCAAGACAAAGUUCUCCUGCACAGUGGACUGUCAGUUUACUGUUCUAUUGUCGAUGGAUAAAUGUUUGUCUGUUUUUCAAAGUGUUAUCUUACUGUUUUGUUUACAUCCUAGCCUAUUGAUUUGUUUGGAGAAAAACAAUGACAUGUACAUUGUUAUCAAGUAUACUCAACACCAUUUUUUUUUCAUUAUCACAAUGUCUUACAUUUUCAUAUACUGUGGUUAUCAGUUUUCUUUUUUCUGUUUUUUUAAAAAAUGACAAGCUAAGAAUGUUAUAGUGGGAAACAGGAAUUAUGUGCUUUUUGCUAAAAAAAAAAAAAAGAAAGAAAAGAAAAAGCAAGACACCAGAAUGUUCAGACAUUUGCUGUAGUUUAUAAAACAAAAAAAUUGUAGUUCAUUGAAACCUCAGUCUGAAAACUAGACUCAAAAUGGAGUCCGUAAACAUUUGUUGCAAGCUAUAGGAAGGGGUACCUGCCAACCCAGGGAAGAAUUGGAAAAUGCCGCCGAGAGGGACAACAACUUGGCUGCUUUGCUGAAAGCCCUUCAGGCUAAGCAGAUUUUCACUUGGAUGGCAGGAAAGAAUGUCUGCAUUCAAGUGCCAUUUUUGGCUGCAAAGGGCGCACAAUGUUUUUAAAUAUUUUAAAAACCCUGGGUUGUUAGGAAAAAAUGCAGGACCUGUUCAUUGAAAAACUGUUGCUUUCUUGCCAUUGGGAAUGAAACCCCACAACCUAGCAGAUGCAGAGCCAGGGGAAGAAAGCAUCAAUUUUCCAUUAAAAUGUAAAUAACUGAUCCCCCCACUUCCUGUGCUUAACCCAGGAAAGUAGCACCAAAUGAACACUUCUGUUGUCCAUUGUCCUGGCAAAAUGUCUGUUUCAUUGUUGGAGAGCAAUCCUUUCACCACUUUCCUUAAGCUGCAUUACAACAAUAGGAAAGAACAGAAUAGUUGAAUUUAAACUUAUCCAGAUGUCUCUUCCAAAGAUCUGCUGUUUCCAGUGUAAACUCAGAACCGUUUCUCAGCAUCCUUGCAAUGCAGCUUUAUGGACGAAGUUCGGAUUCUGAUCUAUAUUAGUGACUCUUAGUACAGACACAAGGGGUGGUGGCAGUAGUGAAUGGAGCAGAGAAAAAGUUUCACUCUUGUGUGUUUUUAAUUUUGACCCUGGUGCAUUUUGGUAUCUUCAGACUGAUGAAGAGCAACAUGAGUAAGGAAAAAAAAACUGAAGGAGGAGGAGUUGGCCAGUUUAUUAACUUAGCGGUUCGUAAGAUCAUGAUAAAAGCAAUAGAGGAAUGUACCGAAUGUCUUUUUUGGUGUAAGUAGGAACAAAUGCACACUUAAAACUCAGUUCCUUUUAUAACUGUGAUGGAGCCACACUGAACGUAUAGGGUGAAGGGAAGCAGGGUGCAUUUCUUGGUGGCAGAGCAGUGGUUCCUAGAUUUACUCAUGCCUUGACAGUUGAGAUAUUGCUGUUUUGGGCUGGUAGUCAAACCAUCAAAGGUCCUCCCAGGUGAUGACCACAGUGUAGAAGAUCAGGACAGUUCACAGCAAGUAAGUGAAUUGGCACUGUGUUCCAGAACACAACAAAAUUUCAGGAAUUGUUGCCUUAAUUAAUUGCUGCUAUAUCCAUUAAUGCCACAGAGUACAGAGAUGAGUCAUAAUGCAGAGACUCCUCUGACUGAACAGCCGCUCCCAAGGAGCAGUUUGCAGAUAUAGUAAUGAAUAGAAAUCUGUUAAGAUGGAAAUAAAUCUUCAUUGGCCAAGAGAAGACGUUGGUGACCCAACAGUCAGUCCUGUAGUACCUGCCCUCUUUAUUCUUGAAAACAGCACCCCUAACCGCAUAAUAGGUCUGGUUUAUGUUGAUUCCAGUAGCUUUCCCUAAGAACUCCAGCUCUGUUUCAGCUACAGCUGCAUGACAUAAUGCAAAAUAUUUUAAAAAGGGCAUCUGGAAGUCAUUCUUGCCACUGGUUGGCUGAUAACUUGAUAUGAAAGAACACCAGCAGAUGUGGCAGGCAGAUAACUAGCCAACCAGUCAACUGUGGCAGGCCCCAAGUCUAAGCUACAUAUAGAGGUAGUAGCAUUUGAGAAUUCCCAAGCACCCAUCUCUUUGGUGUUAUGUUGAAUAAGGAAUUGAGAGGCUCCCAUUGAAGGCUUUCCACCAAAACAUAGUAUUGUUUGCACCAUUUUGUGGUCUAGAAAAAGAAAGAAAUUGAGCAGUGUCCCCAGAUGACUCUAAUGUGAACUGGAAAGCUCAGUCUUCAAGUCUUUCUCCACCAGAAUAGAUUGUUUAUAAUCUGAAUUGGAGAUGUCUCUUUCAGGUCCCACCUUGGGCUUGAAUUCAUUUCAGAUCUGCUUCUUUCUUGCGGAUUGGUGAUACUGUCCUUGCCUUAUGGAUUUUUACUUCCCUUUAAUAAGCAUAAAAGAAGAUGUUCCCCAGUAGGCAUGUGGCUGGGUUCAUGAAGAGGCUGUUUCAGAAGAGCAUAGCUUCAAUAGGUAGUUUAGAUUCUGUUGCUGGAGUACUUUCCACUAGAGAAAUAGAUUUGCAGGACUAAAUUAGAAUUCACAAAAUAGAACCAUUUGACUUGUCUAUAGGCAAACUCCAGAACUCUUGUGUAUUUUUGCUGUGAAAGUCUAUUUUUGCCCUUUUGGUGAACUUUGAAGCAUGAAAAUUCCUGCAUUUCUUCAUCCAGAAGCUGAGUUUCACUAUUAGUUUGAACUCUGUGAUAUCUGGAAAAUGUGUCACAUGUUCUGAGCAGGGAAAAACAUUUGUUUCAGUGCUACUUUCUGGGUUCCUGACAGGUCUAGCUCGGGAAGGAGGGGAAGAUUAUUUGCUUAUUCUCAGAGAACUGCAUUUUUGUCUAACAUUCCCAGCAAUUUUAAUUCAGAUUUAUGUCUGCCUAGAAAGCAGCAAACCUACAUCAACAGUGAAACUGGUUCAUGGACUUUCUGUUUCCCAGUGUUGUAACAUUGUUAGUGGAAAAAAGUGGAUUUGAGUACUUUCUGGGUGAAAAUAUUUGUAUAUAUAUAUAAAAAAAGGUUUUGCACAACCUGUGGCAGUGCCUGAACAGAGAACAUACCUGAUCUCCUCUAGUCAGAAAGGACACAUAUAUACACUUGUGUUAGCUUUAUGAUUUUGACAGAAAGUUGACCUUAGUUUUCAGUGUUAGAAAUUGAUUUUUUGUAUAUCUUGUCACUUUGAUGUAGCUCUCUCCCAUUUCCAUUGAAUUAUACUUUGGGGGAAGAGGGGGGGAGGGGGGAUGACAUCUUGCAUAGAAUGUAAGCCCACAUUUAUUUCCCCACAGUGUUCAUGUCAUGUUUUAAAGCACUGAAAAAAGAGAACAGAUGAGAGGUCAUGGGCGGGAGGGAGGACUUAAGACCCAACAAGAUUUUCUAGAGCCCAGAUAGGAGGAGACGCCUGCUUGAUGACUUCUACAGCAUCUCGAGGUAUCAGUAGAAAGCCUAAUUUAUAAGGCAUAGGUGGCUCCUGGGCAACUGGACCUUUGUACCCCUGGGACAUCUGCAUCACACCCAAACCUACACAGACAAAAGGUUCUUUUGAGGAUUGGAGUCCCAGUGAUGGGCGUUCAGGGUAGACUUCUUUUAGUGCCACAACGAGUUUUGGUUUGGUUUUGUUUUUUUCAAUAUUAACAAAUUUAGCAUUUGUAACAGAGUUUGAGGAAACGAAAAGGUUGAAGCACUGGGGACUUCACCAAAUUCAGUACAAUCGGGGCUGGUGGGGGGAAAAGUCUGCCAUUUGAAGGUAGCACUAUUUUAAGCUUGUUGUGCAAUGACUUCUUUAUUCAAGAAAGAAAGAAAAAAAGUCGUCAGACUAUAAAAUCCCGAAUAGACAUUGUUCUAUUUACAAAGUCACUGAGUUACUCAGUGACUCUAAACAAAAUGUCACAAAACACAGAGAUGUCAUCGUUUAUUUGACUACAGAGAUGUAUGUAAAGUUUGUUCAAAUCAGUAUAAUUUUAGCAACUUUUUAAUAAGCUUCCCACAUUUGAGAAAACUUAUUUUUUUAAUUUAUCCAAAGUUCUCGUUUUCUCUCUCUCUCUCUUUCCUUUUUUGUGGUUGUAUGUGUGUCCAUUUCCUCUCAGCCUUAUGCAAACAAUAUGCAAGAAAUGCUGAAAUUUGAGUAAAACGGGUCAUUGCAGAGAGAAAACAAAAAAGCUGAGACAGGGGAAAAAAAGAUCGUUAGUCAUUUCAUUAAAAGAAAUACAGAUAUUAAAAAUACUGUUACUAAACUUCUAACAUAUGUACAAAUACAGUGAAUGAGGGAUUUAAAACAAAAUGUAUUCUUAAAAUUACUCCGUUUUUAAGUAUAGUGUUCUUGUAUGGAACAUGGUUUUUCAUAAUUUGCCAUGUAACUUGUGUUUUUGUUUGUUUAGUAAGAAAUUGUUAGGUUCCAUUUUUUUACAGUGUCUUUUUUUUUUUUUUUGCAAUAUUAUACAAAUCAGUUUCCUUCCCUUACCCCAGCCAGUCUGCCGCAUUCCAUUCCUGAACACUCCCAAACACUCUAAUCUGCCAUGUACUGCAUGCUGCACUUUUGAGUGUUCACCAGUGGAUGGCCAUGGCUGGCUGGUUCUGCCCUUUGCAAAGCAAGUACAUCACACAUUUGCCAAUGUGGCUUCAGGAUUCUCUGGUGUGUUCUUUCAGAUGUGGGUUGUCUCUCACCAGUCACACUCGUGCCUGUGUACUUGCUUGAGCAUCUUGUCCUGAGAACAAAAUACACCAAGGCCAGGUUCCAAAGAGCUAUUUUCAGUGCGGCUGAGGCCUUGAGCACUCCUAGUGGCAUUUAAAAAAAAAAAAACCCUUUGUUUCCCCUGUUUAAUGCCAGACUGUUAUGCCACGUGACCAGCUCCUCAGAAACUAAAAUGGGUGGUUAGGUGGCAUGUGCGUAAGUAAAAUAAAUCCAAAGCCCCUUUGGGCAUGGAGGAUUAAUGCUCAGUUCUUUUGAACUUAGCCACUUCUGGCUCCAAAAAUGAUCCAUGAACUGCAGAACUUCGACUGGCACCACUCGUCUCACGGGUGCUUCAGGAAGCCAGUCAUUUGUAUAGUUCGUUCUGGCAGUGAAACGUGCAUGUAUACAGGCACAGGGUGAAAGAAAGUGGAGUUGAUUCAUGUCUGGGGGGUGGGGGGCACACACAUACACCAGCAUGAGAAGCGGGCCUUGGUGAGGUCGGGUUGACCUCAGCCAGCAGUGCUUCUUUGCAGCUCCCAUUUGUUUGUAGUGGGACAUCUAAGGGAAGCAGCGAUUGGGGAAUUAUGCCCUCAGUCACUUUGUUGAGGCCAGGAAAAUAAAACAGCCCUUUUUGUACACUUAGCUAGCUACAUAAACAGAAUAGCAUACACUGAAUGUUGUAGGUACAUCAGAUCUGGUAAAGAGAUGUGCUCACCAAUUCCUGUGUAUUCUUCACAUUUCCUACUGCUUAACAUAAUAGUUGUUGCUAGGACACAGUUGUACACAGAAUGGGUUAGGAAACUGGAGCCCUUCUUUUUUUUAAAUCCCUAAUAUAUUUCUCACACCUGCACACAUUUUUACAAAAAAAAAAAAAGCGAAAUUUAUGAGGAAAAUCUAAUUUUCCCCCUUCCUCCUGAAUGGAUGAGUGAUGCUAAUGAUCUGAUUUUUACCAUGUGCCUGAGGAAGGCCUUAGAAUAUAUUGUAUGUUAAAGACUGUAAUAACUUUUUUAAGAAAACUAUUAGUUGAUAGCCUAAAAUAAUUGUAAAUAGAGU